AUGAGCGGAUCACACCCCCGGCUCCACCAGAGCGCCGCGCCCGCUCCAAACGCUCUCUCAGCGGACAAGGACGCAGAAAUGCCCGCCACGGAGAAGGACCUGGCCGAGGACGCGCCAUGGAAGAAGAUCCAGCAGAACACGUUCACUCGCUGGUGUAACGAGCAUCUGAAAUGCGUCAACAAGAGGAUCGGCAACCUGCAGACGGACCGCGACGGGCUGCGGCUCAUCGGGCUCCUGGAGGUCCUGUCCCAGAAGAAGAUGUUCAGAAAGUACAACCAGAGGCCCACCUUCCGCCAGAUGCAGCUGGAGAACGUGUCGGUGGCGCUGGAGUUCCUGGACAAGGAGAACAUCAAGCUGGUGUCCAUAGACUCUAAGGCCAUUGUGGAUGGGAACCUGAAGCUGAUCCUGGGUCUGAUAUGGACCCUGAUCCUGCACUACUCCAUCUCCAUGCCCAUGUGGGACGAGGACGAGGAGACGGACGAGGGCAGACAGAAGACGCCGAAGCAGAGGCUGCUGGGAUGGAUCCAGAACAAACUGCCCGAGCUCCCCAUCACCAACUUCCACAAGGACUGGCAGACGGGCCGGGCUCUGGGAGCGCUGGUGGACAGCUGUGCUCCAGGUCUGUGUCCUGACUGGGACCAGUGGGAUCAGACCAAACCAGUCGCUAACGCCCGCGAGGCCAUGCAGCAAGCCGACGACUGGCUGGGCAUCCCACAGGUGAUCACACCCGAGGAGAUCGUCGACCCCAAUGUGGACGAGCACUCAGUCAUGACCUACCUGUCCCAGUUCCCCAAAGCCAAACUGAAGCCUGGAGCACCUCUACGGCCCAAACUCAACCCCAAGAAGGCCCGCGCCUACGGGCCAGGCGUGGAGCCCGUGGGUAACGUGGUGAUGAAGAAGGCCGUGUUCACCGUGGAGACCAUCAGUGCAGGGCUGGGCGAGGUUCUGGUUUAUGUGGAGGAUCCUGCAGGACACCGAGAGGAGGCUAAAGUGACGGCCAACAACGACAAGAACCGAACCUACUCCGUCUACUACAUCCCCAAAGUCACCGGCAUGCACAAGGUGACCGUGCUGUUUGCAGGUCAGCACAUCUCAAAGAGCCCCUUCGAGGUGGAGAUCGGCAUGGCUCAGGGAGACUCCAGCAAAGCCACGGCUCAGGGACCGGGUCUGGAGCCGUCCGGGAACAUCGCCAACAAGGCCACGUACUUUGACGUGUACACAGCCGGUGCCGGCGUGGGCGAGGUGGAGGUGGUGAUCAUGGAUCCUGUAGGUAAGAAGAACACGGUGACUUGCACCAUCGAGGACAAAGGGAACAGCAGUUACCGCUGCACCUACAAACCCACGCAGGAGGGGCAGCACAUCGUCUACGUCACCUUCUCCGGGGGGCCGAUCGCCAAGAGCCCCUUCACCGUCACCGUCGGGGAGGCCUGUAACCCCAGCCUCUGCAAAGCAAAGGGUCGUGGUCUGCAGCCGAAGGGCCUGAGAGUGAAGGAGACGGCCGACUUCAAAGUUUACACCAAAGGAGCGGGAACAGGAGAGCUCAAAGUGUCCAUCAAAGGACCGAAGGGUCUGGACGAGCCGUGUAAGAGGAAAGAUCUGGGAGAUGAUGUUUAUGCAUUUGAUUAUUAUCCCACCACACCUGGAACGUACAGCAUCACCAUCACAUGGGGAGGACAGCACAUCCCCCGCAGUCCCAUCGAGGUGAAUGGUGCUGAGGCGGGCCAGCAGAAGGUGAGGGCGUGGGGUCCGGGUCUGGAGAAUGGAAUUGUGGGUAAAUCUGCCGACUUCGUGGUGGAGGCUGUCGGAGACAACGUCGGCACACUGGGUUUCUCUGUUGAAGGUCCGUCUCAGGCAAAGAUUGAAUGUGACGACAAAGGUGACGGGUCGUGUGAUGUGCGUUACUGGCCCACGGAGUCCGGCGAGUAUGCCGUGCACGUUCUCUGCAAUAACGAGGACAUCCAACACUCGCCCUUCAUGGCCGAGAUCGUCAACCCGCCCGACACAGACUUCUACCCUGACAAGGUGAAGGCGUUCGGUCCAGGUCUGCAGAGCAGCGGUCUGGCUGUUGGGAAGCCAACAGAGUUCACCGUCGAUGCCAAACAGGGAGGAAAAGCUCCUCUGAAGAUUGUUGCUCAGGACGGUGAAGGUACUCCUGUGGACGUUCAGAUUAAAGAUAACGGAAAUGGCACCUACGCCUGCACCUACACCCCCCGCAAACCUGUGAAACACACCGCCAUGGUGUCCUGGGGCGGAGUCAACAUCCCAGACAGCCCAUUCAGGAUGACCAUCGGAGCGGGCUGUCAUCCUAACAAGGUGAAGGUUUCUGGACCCGGGGUGGCCAAGACCGGACUCAAGGCCUUCGAGCCGACCUACUUCACUGUGGACUGUGCCGAGGCCGGGCAAGGUGACAUCAGUAUUGGGAUUAAGUGCGCCCCCGGUGUGGUGGGACCUGCAGAGGCCGACAUCGACUUUGACAUCAUCAGAAACGACAACGACACGUUCACGGUGAAGUACACUCCGCCCGGCGCCGGCAGCUACACUAUCAUGGUGCUGUUCGCCGACCAGGCCAUUCCCAUGACGCCCAUCAGGAUCAAAGUGGACCCGUCUCAUGACGCCAGCAGAGUCAAAGCAGAGGGACCGGGACUGAGCCGCAGCGGAGUUGAACUGAACAAGCCCACUCACUUCACCGUCAGCACUAAAGGGGCGGGGAAAGCGAACCUGGACUGUAACUUCAGCGGGCCGACCAAAGGAGAGGCGGUCAAAGACUUCGAAGUCAUCAACAACCACGACAACACACACACCGUUAAAUACACACCUGUGCAGCAGGGUCCUCUGGGAGUCGCAGUGACCUACGGAGGAGAUCAGAUCCCAAAGAGCCCGUUCAACGUGGCCGUGGCCCCGACCCUUGACCUGAGCAAGAUCAACGUGUGCGGGCUGGGAGACAAGAUGACCGUCGGCAGGGACCAGGAUGUGACCGUCAAAUCAAAGGGUGCCGGUGGUCAGGGCAAGGUCGUCGCCAAGGUCACUGGCCCAUCAGGGAAACCCAUCGCCAGCAAGGUGGAGCCGGGUCUGAGUCCUGAGACCAGCCAGGUGAAGUUCAUCCCCCGGGAGACCGGCCCCUACCAGGUGGAGCUCACCUACGAUGGACUCCCGAUCCCCGGAUCCCCGUUCACCCCCACAGCGUACCCCACCUCAGACCCCUCCAAGGUCCGCUGCUCCGGUCCAGGUUUGGAGCGCGCCAAAGUUGGGGAGAAGGGGGAGUUCAUCGUGGACUGUACCAACGCCGGCCCGGCCGAUCUGACCAUCGAGAUCAUCUCAGACAGCGGCACGGAGGCCGAGGUCCACAUCCAGGACAACGGGGACGGGACCUACACCAUCACCUACAUCCCCCUGUACCCCGGAUCCUACACGCUCACCAUCCGCUACGGGGGCCAGGAUGUGCCAAACUUCCCCGCUCGGCUCACCGUGGAGCCCGCCGUCGACGCCAGCGGGGUCCGAGUGUUCGGACCUGGAGUUGAGGGGAAAGGUGUUUUCCGCGAGGCGACCACAGACUUCACCGUGGACGCUCGUGCUCUCACUCAGGCCGGAGGUGACCACAUCAAAACACUCAUCAGCAACCCGUCCGGCAGCCGCACGGACGCCAUGAUCACCGACCUGGGAGACGGGACAUACAGCGUGGAGUACACGCCAUACGAGGAGGGCCCUCACAGCGUGGAGGUCUGCUACGACGGCUCUCCGGCGCCGAAGAGCCCGUUCCGCGUCGCCGUCACUGAAGGCUGCGAUCCGGCUCGUGUCCGCGUGCACGGUCCCGGUCUGAAGGGAGGAAUCACCAACAAGCCCAACAAGUUCACGGUGGAGACACGAGGUGCAGGGACCGGGGGUCUGGGUCUCGCCAUGGAGGGUCCCUCAGAGGCUAAAAUGUCCUGCACUGAUAACAAAGAUGGCAGCUGCAGCGUGGAGUACGUCCCCUACGAGACCGGGAAGUACAACCUGAACAUCACCUAUGGAGGACAGCCAAUCAAAGGAAGUCCCUUCUCUGUCCCCGUCAGUGACACGGUGGACAGUACCAAGGUGAAGUGUCAGGGUCCAGGUCUGAGCAACAACGUCAGGGCCAACAUCCCCCAGGCCUUCACUGUGGACGCCUCCAAAGCUGGAGUCGCCCCGCUGCAGGUCCGCGUGCAGGGACCCAAAGGUGUGGUGGAGCCGGUGGAGGUCGUGGAUAACGGCGAUCAGACUCACACGGUGAACUAUGUCCCGACCAGAGAGGGGCCAUACUCCAUCAACGUGCUGUACGCAGACGAGGAGAUCCCACGCAGCCCCUACAAGGUGAAGGUGCUCCCCACCCAUGAUGCCAGUAAGGUGCGAGCCAGCGGACCCGGCCUGAACACCACUGGAGUGCCCGCUUCCAUGCCCGUCGAGUUCACCAUCGAUGCCAAAGACGCCGGCGAGGGCCUGCUUGCCGUGCAGAUCACCGAUCCAGAGGGUAAACCCAAGAAGGCCAACAUCAGAGACAACCACGACGGGACGUACCUGGUGUCCUACGUGCCCGACAUGACGGGCAGAUACACCAUCCUGAUCAAAUAUGGAGGAGACGAGAUCCCCUACUCGCCCUACAGGAUCAGAGCGCUGCCCACCGGAGACGCCAGCAAGUGCACCGUUACAGUCUCAAUCGGCGGUCACGGUUUAGGCGCCGGUGUCGGACCGACCAUCCAGAUCGGAGAGCAGACGGUCAUCACCGUGGACGCUAAGGCUGCUGGGAAAGGAAAGGUGACAUGCAGCGUGUGCACACCUGAGGGGGCGGAGCUCGACGUGGACGUUGUUGAGAACGAGGAUGGCACAUUUGAUAUUUUCUACACGGCGCCACAGCCCGGCGAGUACGUCAUCUGUGUCCGCUUUGGAGGGGAACACAUCCCCAACAGCCCCUUCCAGGUCACGGCACUUGAAGGAGCUCCAUCAGACCAGCUCAUGCAGCAGAGCCAAAUGCCCCAGUACUACGCUCAGCAGCCCUGGGCGACGGACCGGCCAAUGGGGAUGAACGGUCUGGACGUGGCCGGGCUGAGACCAUUCGACCUGGUCAUCCCGUUCACCAUCCAGAAGGGCGAGAUCACAGGUGAGGUCAGGAUGCCGUCAGGUAAGGUGGCCAAGCCCGACAUCACCGACAACAAGGACGGCACAGUCACCGUCAAAUACGCUCCGACCGAGGCGGGCCUGCACGAGAUGGACAUCAAAUACGACGGCAUCCACAUCCCCGGAAGUCCUCUACAGUUCUUUGUGGACUACAUGAACAGCGGUAACGUCAGUGCGUACGGCCCAGGUCUCAUCCACGGGAUGGUCAACAAGCCCGCCGUGUUCACCGUCAACACUAAAGAUGCUGGAGAGGGUGGUCUGUCUCUGGCCAUCGAGGGUCCGUCUAAAGCAGACAUCAGCUGUGUGGACAACCAGGAUGGGACGUGCACCGUGUCCUACCUGCCCGUCCUGCCCGGAGACUACAGCAUCCUGGUCAAAUACAACGACAAACACAUACCCGGCAGCCCCUUCUCUGCCAGGAUCACCGGUGACGACUCCAUGAGGAUGUCUCACCUGAAGGUGGGCUCAGCCGCUGACAUCCCUCUGGACAUCGGAGAGUUCGACCUCAGUCAGCUGACCGCCUCCCUCACCACGCCGUCGGGCCACGAGGAGCCGUGUCUGCUGAAGAUGCUGCGUAACGGACACGUCGGUAUCUCAUUCGUUCCUAAGGAGAUCGGAGAACACCUGGUGAACAUCAAGAAGAACGGGCGCCACAUUCCCAGCAGCCCCAUCUCUGUUAUGAUCAACCAAUCAGAGAUCGGCGACGCCAGUCGUGUGCGUGUGAGUGGACAGGGACUGAGCGAGGCAAGGACGUUUGAGCCUGCGGAGUUCAUCAUCGACACACGUGAAGCAGGAUACGGAGGUCUGAGUCUGUCCAUUGAGGGUCCCAGCAAAGUGGACAUCAACACGGAGGACCAGGAGGACGGUACCUGUAAGGUGACCUACUGCCCCACCGAGCCCGGGAACUACAUCAUCAACAUCAAGUUCGCCGACCAGCACGUUCCAGGGAGUGCGUUCACAGUGAAGGUCACAGGUGAGGGCAGGAUGAAGGAGAGCAUCACCAGGAAGAGGAGAGCGGCGUCCGUCGCCAACGUGGGCAGCCAGUGCGACCUGAGCCUGAAGAUCCCAGAGAUCUGCAUCGCCGACAUGACGGCUCAGGUGACGAGCCCGUCCGGUCAGAUCCACAAAGCCGACAUCAUGGAGGGCGAGAACAACACCUACUGCAUCCGCUUCGUCCCCACAGAGACCGGCGUGCACACCGUGUGUGUGAAGUAUAACGGCGUGCACGUGCCCGGCAGCCCCUUCCAGUUCACCGUGGGCCCUCUGGGAGAGGGAGGGGCCCACAAGGUCCGAGCUGGGGGGCCAGGUCUGGAGAGAGCAGAGGCUGGAGUCCCAGCUGAGUUCAGUAUCUGGACCAGAGAGGCCGGAGCGGGGGGGCUGAGCAUUGCCGUGGAGGGACCCAGCAAGGCCGAGAUCGCCUUUGAGGACCGCAAGGACGGCUCCAGUGGAGUGUCCUACAUCGUGCAGGAGCCGGGAGACUACGAGGUGUCGAUCCGCUUCAACGACGAGCACAUCCCCGACAGCCCCAUCAUCGUCCCCGUGGCCUCGCCGUCAGACGACGCCCGCCGCCUCACUGUUGCCAGUCUUCAGGAGUCCGGUCUGAAGGUGAACCAGCCGGCGUCGUUCGCCGUCAGCCUGAACGGAGCGAAGGGCGUGAUCGAUGCGAAGGUUCACAGCCCGUCAGGAGCGCUGGAGGAGUGCUGCGUGACCGAGAUCGACCAAGAUAAAUACGCCGUGCGGUUCAUCCCCAGAGAGAACGGUCUCUAUCUGAUCGACGUGAAGUUUAACGGCAGUCACAUCCCCGGGAGUCCCUUUAAGAUCCGGGUCGGAGAGACGGGUCAGGCCGGAGACCCCGGGAUGGUAUCCGCCUACGGACCAGGACUGGAGGGAGGCACCACAGGCACUGCCUGUGAGUUUGUGGUGAACACGAGUAACGCCGGCCCCGGGGCGUUAGCUGUGACCAUCGACGGGCCCUCUAAGGUGAAGAUGGACUGCGUGGAGUGUCAGGGCUACAGGGUCACGUACACCCCCAUGGCUCCUGGAAACUAUCUAAUUUCCAUCAAAUACGGUGGUCCCUAUCACAUCUCGGGAAGCCCCUUCAAGGCCAGAAUCACCGGCUCGAAGCUGGUCUCCAGCCACAGUAUGCACGAAACCUCAUCAGUCAUGGUCGACCCCGUGACCCGCGCCAUCAGCUGUUCUCAGCAGGGAGCUCCCGUCCAAUCGGACGCCAGCAAGGUGGUGGCGAAGGGUAUGGGUCUGACGAAGGGCUUCAUCGGUCAGAAGAACAGCUUCAGUGUCGACUGCAGCAAAGCAGGUCGUAACAUGCUGCUGGUCGGGGUGGACGGUCCUAAAGUCCCCUGUGAGGAGAUCCUGGUCAAACAUCUGGGGAACCGCCUCUACAACGUGAGCUACCAGCUGAAGGAGAAGGGCGAGUACAUCCUGGUGGUGAAGUGGGGCGACGACCACAUCCCCGGCAGCCCCUACCACAUCACCGUCUGACCCCCCCACCCAGCUCCACAAUCAGAGCCUUAAACCACUGUUUCCACCUAGAGUCUAACCCAUCAUGUUUACAGCUCCUCCCAUCAUUUAGAUUUCUUUCAAACUAUUUAACCAACAAACUGUCACAUCAGCUGAUUCCUUCACUGUCAUCUCCCAAAGACCAACACAACUCCUCCUCUGUCCACCUUUUAUCGUUUGUUUAGGGAGGGACAAGAUGCACCUUUUGAUUACUGUAAGCCAGCAGACAGACGUGCCUUUUACAUUUCCAGUCAUGGACGUUUAGUAGAUUUAUAUAGAAGAUUAGCUUAGCUUAGCAUAGUGUAGAGCAGCAGCAGGUUUUUGAGCCCAGCUUUGAUGGAAGGUUUCUGUUUACACUGGAGGAGCUUCUCUCUCUCUCUCUCUCACACACACACACACAUGCACACACACACACACACACACACACAGUUUAAUAUGAACAAUAAAAGGACUCGGAGCGAACAGAGAAGUGAGGGAGGAGUUCAUGUGAGAGUAACGAUGUGGUCAAACGAUAUCGAUACCUGUUUCGUUACCACGGCAACAAACAUAAAAGUCCUACAGACCAAAACGUUAGGUAAACCUCCAAUCUUUCUCCUCCACACCUGUCGUAUGAGAAAGGUGUUUUUACAGUCUUAGUAGUUAGUUACUAGUUUCUGAUGCGUUCUUUAGAGUAACAGAGAUUUUAUCGUUUUUAAAAGAUUCUGAACCGUUUGAUUUAUGACCUUGAAUUGUGCGUGUGAUUGCUCAUAGAGCGGCUUGUUUCUUCACGUCUCCCAGCUCAGCAGCACGGCAGUGUUCAUGAUGCGCUUUAGAAAACAACCUGAUGUUUACCUGCUGCUCGCUCGUGUGAUCCACAUUCAGGCGCUGCUGUUCUCCUUUAGAGAUGAAUAUAAGUGAUAGAACGCCACGUUUCACCUGUCCUCCUCACGUCUGCUGUGUGUGAUACCAACAACACACACACACACACACACACACACACACACACACACUGUUUGUCAACGUGAGUCGAUAAAGGUUUUUAAAAAAGGGAAGUUUCUGGACUGAAGGGCUGAGGGUGAUGUAGUCAUGUCCUGACAACACGACGACCAAAAACAAGAGAACAGAUGUUUUGUUUUCUGCUCAUUGUUUGUAUCUCACCCCUCCUCACCCCCUCCCCCCCCCCCAGCUCGCUUUGUGCCUAAUCUAUCUUUCAGAACAAAAAAAAUGAACCUUGUCUUAAAUAAAAAGGCUUUAAACGUGUUUGUAAGACAGUAUUUUGAUACACAAUAAAGUUGUCUAAGUAUUUUUCUGUCA